UUUGAUCUUCCAGGCUGGGUCAGGCUCUCUUCCUUUGCUGCCAGUUGUUCUGACUGGGGAGCAGGUGCAUGUAUAUCUGUGCCAAGGCCAGGGCACUGUGUUUGCUGUUUAGACAGUGGUUCUCAUUAACCUCUGCCCCUGCAGAGAAACAUUUGUAAAUUGAAACUGUGCAAGCAACAAGGUGAGGGAGAGAAAACUUGCCGCCAUUUCUUCAUGCUGAGAUCAGGGAAGCCGUAACAUGAGAUAAUCCAGAUUAUUUCUACCCAGAAUGUGGUACUAAACGGCCUACUUCCAGCAGCUAUCCCUGAGCCACGUGGAAACCCAGCAGCCCAUCAAGAGGCUGCUGCCACUGUCCUCUUCACAGCCAGGGAUCUGUCCCGGCAGAGCCUCUUGCUCAUACAGCAGCUGCUGGCUGUGCCACGUGGCCUUGCCUCAGCUUUCCACCACACUCCUGGGAAGCAUGUGGGAAAGUCAGUCGAAAUAUAGACCAGCUCAAGGUGAGCAUGUAGCCUACUCCAAAAGAGCUCAGGCUUUUAAGCACAGUUGUCCUUGGGUCCUCUAUAGAAGCCACUCUCUGCUUGCAUCAGCAGUAUUGGGUGCUGACCCCAACACCGUCCCUGCUGCAGUGCUCACUGUCUGUCCUUCAGCGGCAUCAACAGUCUCAGCUCAGUGACACUGAGAACCCCCUUGCAUUUUUGGAGCUUUUGAUGCUAAAUAGGAAUUGGAAAUGAGCCCGGCUAUCUCACCUGCUGGGUAGUGUGCCUUCUGGAGCCGGACACCUAACUGUGUGCUGGAAUUCAACACCAAAAAUGUCUGGAAAGGCUGAAGUGUGAGCAAGGGAAAGGUCUGCUUUGCCCCUGAUGUCCUUCCCAAGACAGGCUUGGCACCUUCAUGACAGACUUGUUAAAGGCCACAGAGCAAAUAGGAACAGGCCAUAUUGUGGCAGGAGGCCAUUAGCACCACAACAGAAGUGGCACUUGAAAUUGUCUGUUUCUAGGGAUUUUGGGUAACAUUCUUCUGUUCUGAAUGGGAGCUCUCGAGGAUCUUGGCACGUGUCUGGGAGUUAUCAAAGAGCUUCUGUCCCACAUAUGUUCUUGCAGCACUAAGGAACUUAACUGACACUCCUCACACAUUCUCUCAUUCUCUCCCCAGGGCAAAGGAUGUGCAGUGGAGUGUCUUGUAGGCUUCUGACAUUCAGCUUGCUUUAAAUGUUGGUGGUGCUCUGGGAAGAAGUUAGGAAAGGCAAGUCACAGGGACAUAUCUUGCAGUUGAAGCAGAUGAGGGUGGGGUUUUUGACUGUUUUUCCUUCCAUCCCAUCACAGUGACUGUGGUGCCUAGAUAUCAGAGAUGCUGCAGAUGUGCUUCUAGGAGGAGAGUGGCUCUGGGGGAGACCUCUGCAUGCUAAGGAACACAUGUGAUGAGCUCCAUGGUGCUUGGCAGUCUCCUAAUGUCCCCUAAAUGUUCUGCCCUGUCAGAGAGUCCUAAAUGCUGAAGGCUUCUUGGCCAAGGUGGCUGUAGUUUACCCAGAUGGUGACAAAUGCUGAAUGACUGAGGACAGGGACAGAGCUGCCAGCCAGGGUGAUGAGAAGUGUAGGGGACUGCGCUGGAGGGGUUGCUAAGAAGUUAUUUGGUCCAUCCAUCUGCCAUGUAGCAUCUUUUGCAGAUAUGCACAGGGUGCUUAACUUUUCCUGGUGUACAUUUGACCUUCCAUUCUUAACAAGAAUGUGUCUCCUACGUAGCAUGAAGCUCAGUCAGACUGUUCUGACAUUUUUUGCAGUGACCUUUACAUGUUAUAAAACUGCAUCCUCUGACUUGUCUUUUCUAGAGACCCACUCUUCCAGGCUUUUGCCUAAGGCUUUUUGGUGGUCUUGCUGGUCUCCUAUGGCCUCUCUCAGUUGGUCCAAAUCUUUUGGGGAAGGAACGAUUUCUUUGGAGGAGAACAGUAUAAUUACUUGAUGUGCCCUCUGUGAGCUCAAAGGAGAGCGGAGUAAUUACUUCACAUAUCUUUAUAAGCUGCCCUUUCACGCAUCCUACUGUACUUGCCUUUUUUUUUUUGUGCCAAUGACAUGCUGGCUCGCAUUCCAUUUGUACUCCUCUGUAGCCUUUAUGACCUUUCUGGCAGAAACGCUGCUGUCUUUUCUUCCAUGGUCUGUUUGUGCAAUUUUUUACCUCCCAGUGACUUACAGCCCUGCCCAUCAUCUCUCAGCCUUUUCCCCAGUCUGUCAGGAGCAUGUCAAAUUCCCAUCCUGGCUUCCAAAGCACUGGGUGUCAUGUGCACAUUUUAAAACAUACUCUGUACUGUCAUUUAGGUCAUUCAUGGACAAGCAGAGCAGUAGCCACAGUAGAGCAGACCUUUCUGAAACCCUCCUUGUCUCCUUUCAGUGUAACUGCGAGCCACUGGUAACCAUCUAUUACAAUGCAGCAGCUCUGUGAUGGACCUAAGUCCUGGAAAUUGCCCACACCGUGCUGUGGGACUGGGAAACAUCUCCCUGUGGCACUGAUGGGUAACCUAGGGUGGGUCAGAAAGACUUACUGGGCACAAUCCAUAGCACAUAACCACCAACUUUACUCGGUAGUAUUAUCUUCAAGUAUUGACCCAGGCCACAAGCAUCAGAGGGUGUGAGCCAAGACCUGCUGUUAGGGGGUUGCUCUUCAGGAGCUGCCAGGACGCAAGGAUGUCAGUCCAGUUGUGCUGCAGCUUCAGUGAUCCCCCGGGUUUCCUAUGGGGUUUCUGCAGCAUCACAGGACAGGUGAGAUGGGAGCGUGGGUUGAUGAGAGCUGGGGUUGCUGUCUGGCAGAGGGGAGCAGCUGGUAGGGUGGGCGGCACAUCUGGCAGGUGCUGCCGCCUCAGAGCUGAGCAUCAGCCUGAUGUCCCAGAGCACAGGCUGGUGGAAAGGUUUGGAGCUUGCUUACCCUGAGGAAGAGGAGGCAGAGGCUUCUCAUGCUGCUUGCUGGGUGCAUGUCUAUGCUGGGGUGCAUGGGCUGACGCCAGCUACCUCUCACUGUGGUACAACAAGGUCAGAUGGCAAGCACAGCUGCGUAAGGCAGAGUGGCUGGAGGGUGCAAUGGGACAUCCCAUCAACUUGCUGUUGGGGAGGAGAUCAUCCAUCCAUGCCAACUGGGCAGUGUGGGCAGUCUGUCCUGGCUCUGGAACAUGCAGGACAUAGAGCCACAGCAUCAAUGUGAUGAGCCUGGGGUUGGGUCAGCCUGAGUGCUCAGGGGCAGGAGGCUGGACCCCGAUGAAGGGCAGGCUGUCUGCUCGCAUCUCCUCGGCCGCCUGCCAAGGAAGGUGUGGAUCCGGCUCGUCUGGCUGGUGUUGAGACGCCUGACUGUGCAUCUGCGAGGGAGGCUUCCAGAGGAUCCCGCCCGCCCAGGUUUCCAUGGAGAGUGUCUCCGUGCUGAGGAGGGAGCCGUCUGGCAGACAGUGCAGCCAUGGAAAUACCGAUAGAGGGUUUUGUUUUCCAAAGCACAUGAAUAACAUCCCUAACAGCUAGCAGCCUCGCUUCCUCUGCUCACCCCACCAGCGGUCUGGCAGAGCGACCUGGGAUGCCCGCAGUGUCUUUAUCCUGCCGGCUCCUUGCUGCGCACUCAUCUGAGCAUCCCCAGUUUGGCUGUAUCUGCCCAGCCCGGACUGGUUUCCCUUCCAGUUGGCAGGCACGGCUUCUCCUGGCGCAGGGCUGCAGGGAGGCAGCAGUCGUCUUCGCUGGGAGAUGUGUUUGGCUUCGCUGCUGGAAGGAGGAACGGGAGCACUGUAGGCGGCAAAACUGGGGAAGUUUUGCUCCCACUUCCCGUGGGAUGUGAGAGGAACCGCUUCCCUGAACGAAGUGUCCUUUCUCAGAUCUCUUGGUUAUUUUGCAUGCUUCAAAAGAUCCAGGGGAAGCUUAAGAGCUGUUGAGGCAGCAAGCAGCAAUGCAAGGUGCAUGCAACAGCCCCUAGUGAAGGGAGCUGAGCUCAGUUUUUCAUGGGAGUCUGUUAAUAUUAAAUUAAGUCUAAAUUCCCAUUCUAAAUGUUAUGUUGACAUGAAAUUACAGCAGAAAGCACAGAGCACAGAACAGCAAUAUGAGGGUAUAAGAUGUGUUAUGAGGGUAUUGUAAUAAUCUCAAAUGAGGCAUUUGAAACCCAGGGAAUUCCAGAUUUAGGACUUGCAUCAUUUUUUGGGUUUGUAAUUGAAAAAACAAUCCAAACAUGGGAAGGCUUAGGAGCAUGUUGCUGAGACUGUUUGGGUGCCUUUAUUCUGUGCUGUGGGGACAUGGGCAGAUGGAGGGGAAAAGUCUUUAAAAAAUUAUGGAACCAAAUGUGGAAUUACAAAUGUUAAAAUUCCAUGACCUGGAUUUGAGUGUUAAGGCACCAUGGCUCUCCAGGGUAAAGUUAGGACUGCUGGGUCUUGACUGUGCAUCUCCAUAGCUGGACAUAUUUUGCUGUCACUCACAUAACUCACCUCUCUGCCUGAUGCUUCAUAAAACUCAUAAUUGGAGACAGUUGCAAGUCCUAUAGCAUCAUUUUGUUUAAGUUAAGGAUGUGUACUUAGAACUUUAAUUCUAUAUUAGCUUAUGUUUUUUGUCUUCAGACUUCCAUGGUUUUUAAAAGCUAUUAAAAGAAUCAUGGAUGAGGAUUAAACAAAAACCCAAAGGAAUAUCAUCGUAACAUAAUUCUGAGGAGCUGUAGCAAGAAGCUGAUUUUUGGCUGGGUUUUAUAAAAAGAGAUUCCUCAUUGUGCCUGAACAGAGUGGUUACGCUGGAUGUGCUGCCGCUUCAAGGAUGCAAAGUGGGUGGCAAAUUCAGCCCUAAUUUUGCAGUGGCUGGUGUGUGCAGCCCAGAUGGGCAGCUAUGGGCUGUGGAGCAGCAAUGCCCGGUGCCGUGAAAUCUCUUGGCUGGAGGAGCUGGUGGAGCAGCAAUGCCCAUGGCAGCAUGUGGCCACAGACCUGAGGAAGCUCUCAAGUCAGGAAAUCGGUGGGUAAGCCACUGCUGCCGAGGCUGUGGUGUUCCAGCAGAGAGAAAAUGAUGAUGGGUUGAUUGAAAUGUCUCUGUGGGGAGUUGUGGGCACUGUCAUAAAGACUGGAAGCUGUCUGUAGCUUCUAGUCAUACGAAUUAGAUAUGACAGUCAUUAAUAAUUUGGCUUUAUCCUAACCCAUAGUACCUGAAGUUCCCUGAGCAGCAGAUUUGCACUGGGCAGUUUGCCUUCCAGCAGUGUCAGGCAGAGUGGUGGGUCUCAAGCACCUUUGAGAUCCCACUUGGAAAUGCAGCUUUGGGGGGGUCCUGGGCUGUUAUUGCAGCCCUGGGAUGUCACUUCUAGGCAAAGGUCAGUUCUCUGCUGAAGGAGGAGUAUUAGAUAAAUGGUGGUUUUCUUCUGGAGCUGGAGGCAGAGUGGGGCAGCCAAGGCACCACAAUGCAGCGUCAGCUCCAAUUUUGGUGGGGCAGAGCCUGGGGUCUCUAUGUGCUUCAGCUGUAUUUCUGUCCCUUGAUACACCUCGUGUUUCUUAGGCUUUGUCAGCUGUUUGGGGGAUAACACAGCAGUGUUGUACUCCCACCGGGUGUGUUUCUGUCACUUCUUGGUGGGGCAGGAGGAGGUGGAGGGGAGCAAUGUGCAGAGGUGAUGUGGGUUAGGGGUAGAGCAGGAUCAGCCUGGUUGUGACAGCUCAGCCCUCAGGUUAUCCCUGUGCUGUGGAUGGGGCAGUACCACCCCUGUCUGGCAAUACCCGUGGUCCCUCUAUGGGCUCCAAAAAGUGCCUGCAUGGCCAGCCCUGAGAGGCCUUGCUGCUCAGGCAAGCUGGAUGCAGUAACAUGAUUGUCUGGGCUGAGUGUUUCUUAUUAUGCUUGUCAUACCCUGAUUUCUGAGCCUGCUGUGUUCCCUGGGCAUAUCAGGAGGGCAGGCACAGCACGAGCCCAUUUCCUUAAUGACCAGCAGUGAGUUGCCUGCACAUGUGCAGUGCAGAUUUGAAACGCCCUCCAUGGUUGUUCUCUUUUUUUUUUUCCUGCGGAUUUUCCGUGUUGGAUGAGGUGUUCUCCAUUUGUGGAGUCCCUGCCCAGCUGAGCCUUCACCAGAGCCGUGUACUCCCAUCUGCUUACAGCCCUUAUUUUGUGCUCCAAUAAUUCCAAGGCAGCUCUGCUCCCCUCUGAGCUUGGAAGAGAUUAACGGGUGGGCAUGUAAGGAUGCUCUGGGGGAAAAUGGAGGUGCCCCGUCACUGCUGCCAUCUUUCUCAGGGUAAGAUAUGUGGGUUAGACAGGAUGAGCAUCCUCUGACCUGUCACCAAGCAGUUCCUUUUAGUGGAGACUGGGCUGCAAAGCCACCUGCCGACGUGUGGAGCCGGCCUCUGUCUGAUGCUGCUCUUGCCCGGCUGGGAUGUGGGUGAGCACCGGGUGAGCACCGGUUGAGCACAGCCUCUGCGGCUCCCCUUGCCCAGGUCCCCCAGGAGCAGCGGUGCUGGGGAAAGAUGCAGAGGGGGGGGCACUUACAUAAGCCCUGAAUGCGGCAGGCGGUGCGGGGAGGUGAAGGGCAGAGCACUGAAAAUCCAGACAGCCUUCAGCAAGGGCUCCCUGGCGGAGGAGCUCUGCUCGCUGACAUACAUCCGCAGGUCCCCAUCUGCAGCCACUGCUUCCCCUGCUGCCUGCAGCUCCUUUCCUUGCGGACCCCACAGGGGCUGCCCUGUUUGCUCCCCCCCUGCCGACAGCCUAUGGGAUGUGGGAGCAGAGCUCUGUGCCCUGGGGCUUGCUCAGGUGGCCGGGAGGCAGCCAGGGCAGGGAGGGGGUGGCAGGUGCCAGCACAGGGGGACACUGCCCUGAAUCACUCUGGCUGUUCCUAUCCUCCUCCCUCCUGCACGGGUUGUGCCAGCGGUGUCGCUGCUUUGGCCAGCGGCACAUGGAGGGAGAAAGCAUGUGGGUGGGUGAGAUGGGUGUCUGGUCAGGACACGUGGGUCUAAUUUGCUGGUGUAUGAGGUGGUGCAGUGGUACCCAGGUACGCGAGUGAUGCUGGGAUGGAGCCAAGGCGAGGAGCACAGGCUGCACCGUGUAGGAGCACAGACAGCAACAGCUCAGCCAGGAGGCAGAGUAUCAGCAGUCUUCUCCAGGCCAGGCCAUUGGCAGGCACGCAGCAGCGGGCAGCUGGCAGGCUGUGAGGAGUGGUGUCACAUCUCCCUGCGUCCCUGCUCGCAGCUAACCCAGCAGAAGGUGUGGGUGGGCUGUGCCCUCCUGACUCCCGGCUCUCCUGCUCCAUCUGUUCCCGGUGGGCAAAUUGGAGGCUUGGCGUGAUGGUGAUGCCCUGAGCCCUCUCCCCAGGAGCUUCAGGCCUGGAUGUUGGUGGUGCUCCUCCCGGACGAUGUGGCUGAUACUCUGGAGAAGCCCUCUUUUGCCCCCUGUUCUCCAAGUGCCUGAGCUGGUGGCCGGCUGGGACCUGCGUCUCACCCUCUGGGUCUUGAGCUUCGCCUUGGCGGUUGUGCGGAUGGAGGGCCAGGUCUACUCUCCAACUGUCAACACGCACUAUGGGAAGUUACGGGGCGUGCGUGUGCCACUGCCCAGCGAGAUCCUGGGGCCCGUGGACCAGUACCUGGGGGUGCCUUACGCUGCACCCCCCAUCGGGGAGAAGAGGUUCAUGCCCCCUGAGCCGCCACCAUCCUGGUCGGGCAUCAGGAACGCUACCCACUUCUCACCGGUCUGCCCCCAGAACAUUCACAACGCCGUUCCCGAGAUCAUGCUGCCCAUCUGGUUUACCUCCAAUUUGGAUAUCGUGGCCACAUACAUCCAGGACCCCAACGAGGACUGUCUGUACCUCAACAUCUACAUCCCCACGGAGGAUGUAAAACGGAUUUCCAAGGAAUGCACCCGAAAGCCCAACAAGAAAAUAUGUAGGAAAGGAGGAGCCAGCGCUAAGAAACAGGGCGAGGACUUAGCGGAUAAUGACGGGGAUGAAGAUGAAGACAUCCGGGACAGUGGGGCCAAGCCGGUGAUGGUGUAUAUCCAUGGCGGCUCAUACAUGGAGGGCACGGGGAACAUGAUAGACGGCAGCGUCCUGGCCAGCUACGGGAACGUCAUCGUCAUCACCCUGAACUACCGCGUUGGAGUGCUCGGCUUCCUGAGCACGGGCGACCAAGCUGCCAAGGGCAAUUAUGGGCUGCUGGACCAGAUACAGGCACUGCGCUGGGUCAGCGAGAACAUCGCCUUCUUUGGGGGAGAUCCCUUGCGGAUCACCGUCUUCGGCUCCGGCAUCGGUGCCUCCUGUGUCAGCCUGCUCACCCUGUCCCACCACUCUGAAGGUCUCUUCCAGAGAGCCAUCAUCCAGAGCGGCUCCGCACUCUCCAGCUGGGCAGUGAACUACCAGCCUGUGAAGUACACCAGCAUGCUGGCCGACAAGGUGGGCUGCAAUGUGCUGGAUACGGUGGACAUGGUGGACUGCCUGCGACAGAAGAGUGCCAAGGAGUUGGUGGAACAAGACAUCCAGCCAGCUCGCUACCAUGUGGCCUUUGGGCCAGUAAUUGAUGGGGAUGUGAUCCCGGAUGACCCAGAGAUCCUGAUGGAGCAGGGCGAGUUCCUCAACUACGAUAUCAUGCUGGGGGUCAACCAGGGCGAGGGGCUGAAGUUUGUAGAGGGUGUGGUGGACCCUGAGGAUGGUGUCUCGGGCAGUGACUUUGACUACUCAGUCUCCAACUUUGUAGACAACCUGUAUGGCUAUCCCGAGGGCAAGGACACCUUGCGAGAGACCAUCAAGUUCAUGUACACGGACUGGGCUGACAGGGACAACCCCGAGACACGUCGCAAAACUCUGGUGGCCCUCUUCACUGACCACCAGUGGGUAGAGCCAUCGGUGGUGACAGCCGACCUGCAUGCCCGCUAUGGCUCUCCCACCUACUUCUACGCCUUCUACCAUCACUGCCAGAGCCUGAUGAAGCCUGCGUGGUCCGACGCAGCCCACGGGGAUGAGGUGCCUUACGUGUUUGGGAUCCCCAUGAUUGGCCCCACAGACCUCUUUCCCUGCAACUUCUCCAAGAACGAUGUCAUGCUCAGCGCCGUGGUGAUGACCUACUGGACCAACUUUGCCAAGACAGGGGACCCCAACAAGCCCGUCCCCCAGGACACCAAGUUCAUCCACACCAAGGCCAACCGUUUUGAGGAGGUGGCCUGGUCCAAGUAUAACCCCCGCGACCAGCUGUACCUGCACAUUGGGCUGAAGCCACGAGUACGGGACCACUACCGAGCUACCAAGGUGGCUUUCUGGAAGCACCUGGUCCCCCACCUGUACAACCUGCACGAUAUGUUCCACUACACCUCCACCACCACCAAAGUGCCGCCCCCUGACACCACACAGAACUCCCACAUCACCCGCCGGCCCAACGGCAAGAUCUGGACCACCAAGCGCCCUGCCAUCUCACCCGCCUACAACAGCGAGAAUGGGAAGGAGAAGUGGAGCCCAGAGCAGGAGGCGGGCACCCUGCUCGAGAGCCCCCGUGACUACUCCACCGAGCUGAGCGUCACCAUUGCUGUGGGUGCCUCCCUCCUCUUCCUCAACGUGCUGGCCUUCGCCGCGCUCUACUACCGCAAGGACAAGCGCCGGCAGGACACACACCGGCAGCCCAGCCCUCAGCGUGGUGCCGCCAACGACAUCGCCCAUGCGCCCGAUGAGGAGAUGCCCUCCUUGCAGGUGAGCCAGGGGCACCAUGAGUGCGAGGCUGUGCCGCCCCACGACGCCCUGCGCCUGGCCGCUCUGCCCGACUACACCCUCACCUUGCGCCGCUCUCCGGACGACAUCCCGCUCAUGACCCCCAACACUAUCACCAUGAUCCCCAACUCGCUGGUGGGGUUGCAGACCCUGCACCCCUACAACACCUUUACCGCUGGUUUCAACAGCACGGGGCUCCCGCACUCACACUCCACAACCAGGGUAUAGCUGCCCGCCGCGGCGCACACGCAUGCACGCACGCACACGCACGCAGCAGACACUGGCAGAGGGACCAGCGGGGCCAACGGAGCCCCCGGACGGAGGGGCAGUGCCCACAGACAGUGCGGCACCGAGCCCGGAGACCUGCGGGGUCCUGGCACAGCCAGGUGCCCCAUUCUUCCCCCAGCGCUUUCUUUCAUUCCUAUCUAACUUUCGAGAAGUGCUUUGACUCUCCUGGCUCCCGGCUGGAGGGCCCUGCAAGUCGCCCUUGGGCACCAGUGGGUGCAGGGGGGACACAGCGUAGCCCCUGCACUAAUGCACCAGCACGGGCAGGCAGGGGAACCCCCCCAGUGGCUGCAGCCAUGGGGCUCCCCACACCGGGGCUGUUCCUCCCUGUGGGGUGAUUGCAUCCUCAGCACUGUGCAUGCUGAGCACCUCGGGACUGAUGAGGAGCGAGACCAGGCAUCCCUCUCGGCCGGUGCAUCCCCAGGCAGCCUGGCAUCCUGAGUGCCCUGGAAAAGGCUCCUUCACUGUGUCAAGAAGUGGCCCUGGGCCAUGGUGCUAUAGGCAGAGGGAGCGGGCAGGGUCUGGGGACCCAGCCUCGUGCUAGGUGCAGGCGCUGGGCUGGGGACUCCGGGACCCCGGGGACCCUGGGAACAGGGCCCUGGGCUGGAGACUUGGCACCUCUGCCCCUCUUUGCGCUGCAGAGAAUCUCUUUUGUGUCAGUCGUUUCUCUUUGCAGAGACGUUUUUUAAGCAGAUCUUUAGUUCUUUACACACUAACGGAGUCGCCGCGUUUUGUCCUUUGUAAAGAUUUUAAAACCAAGUGUUCUUGAUAUAAAAUAAAAAGCCAGUUAGAAGCCAGCGUGUGCGCACGGUGCUGGCCCCCCGCAGCCCCCACCUGCCGCGGGCGGGCACCAGGCAGGGCACUGCCUCCUGCACCGUGGGGCUGCACUCUUUUGUAUUUUUGAUAUUCUCCCUCCUCUGUCGUCCAUGCCCAUGUAUCUCAGCCAAAUAGCCUAUCCAAUGGCCCACCCGCGAGCAUUCCCUGCCCUGACCCACCCCGCUGCCACCCACCACCCCGCGUGGGCAUCACCCACUGCAAGCACCGUCUGCCCACCCCCAUCAACCCAGGGCAGCCCCCCAACGCUGUGUCCCAGUGCUCCCCACCCUGCCCUGCUCCCCCGGGAGCAUCCCACAUCCCUUCACCACUGCCCCAGGGCUGUGCUGUGCCCUCUGUCCGCCGCGCUGCUGCUCCAAAGCACAGUUUGUGGCAGGGCUGGGCAGCUCUGCAGGGCUGGCAGGAGCAGGGCGAGUUGCACGGCGACUCUGCCUCCCACCUUGCUCCUGCUGCAGCCUUUUCCCCCCAUCCUGGGGUGACCUCAGCUCUGGCACCAGGGGUGUGCAGCUGGGAUAGACACCUGGGCAGGGGCUGCUGGGGGUGAUGCAGCCUGCACGGUGCUGGGAUUACCCACCUUGGGGUUGGGGCACCUGCUGGGCUGGUGACAGCCACCGAACUACAUGUGGCUGCAGGUAUCCAGGCUCAAGACGAUGGGCUUUGGUGCAGCUGGGUGUGGAGAAUGAGCUGCCUGAGAGCCCACAAGGGGCACUCCAGUCUCAGCCCCCCAUGGUGGGCACUGACACCUGGGGUCUGGGAAGGCAGGAGGAAGGGUCGGGUCCUUGCAGGGACACCACACGUUGUCCCUGUGCAAGACGGUCCGGCUGGCAGACGCUGCCCGCACUGGCGGCCGUGACGCACCGGUGCCGCCUGGCCCUACUGCCUGGGGCCAGCGCACCCCCGGCCCUGCACCCUUCCCCAGCCCCCGCCCCCGGGCAGGGCUGAGGGUGAGGAUGCUCUUUGGAGAAUGUAUUUAUAGCCUGUCACCCGCGCAGAGUAACAAAUUCAAAAUAAAACAGAAGUGAUAUUUUUAA